CUGCAACAUUUAUUCCCUGCUCCCUUCCCGUGCUUACGACACACUCCGAAUUGCUGUCAACCCUCUCACUAUAUAAAAAUGGCCACUGAGCACUUCUUGGCAAAUUUUAUGCCUCAUAUUUCAUACUUUAUUCUGGAUUUGAGGCUUUUGCGUUGGCUCAACCCUCCUUCUCAGUCAUGGCAUUCGACCUCUCCCCCGCCAUUGAAGCCAAUAUCCCAGAACUGGCUCAAAUCUGGCAGUUCAGUUUCCGCUCCUACGACAUAUGGGCCGCAUCAAUGCGGAACGUAUCGUCAGAAGAUGAACUCGCGUUUUACACCAAAGCCCUGACCGCACGCAUGAAGCUGCCAAACACUGUAGUUACCAAGAUUACCGAGCGAGAAACAAAGAAGAUCGUAGCAUGGUCCAUGAUGAGCAAGCCCUACACUAAGACGCCUGAGGAAGAAAACGCGCCCAAGCCACCGCCUAUGCGUCCUGAUACUACAGACUUGAGAAUUUGGGCUACUCAUGAGAGAUCUGCUGAAAUAAUGAAAGCUCAUGGCUAUGAUCCCACCACGGAUUUCUCGAGGUCGGGACUCCUUGUCGAUCCCUCAUAUCAGAAACUGGGCCUCGGAACAAGACUGGCUGUUUUUGAUAAUGAGAUUGCAGAUGAAGCUGGUGCUAGGAUUUGGGUCAUUGCUAGUUCUAACUCGAAGAAAUUAUUUCUAAGUUUGGGGUUUGUGGUGUUGGAGACUGAGAGUGUAGUUUUGGAGGAGAGUGAGGAUGGUGGGAAGAAGGUGGGGACGCUUUCUAUUACGAUGAGGGAGCCGAAGGGCCGGGAAGCAGAGUAAAUUUGGGAAAUGGUACAUUAUCUGGGUUUCAGUGUUCGAGCGGAGCAUCAAAUUCAGAAUCCUAAAGCAUCUCGCGGUGGACAUAAAAAGCGACACUAAUCUUUAUUGUCCUUAUUUAACAUUGGUCAGUAGUCUGGAUUUUGGACAAACACUGGUGGCAGGAACAUGGACAUUCUAUAGCCUCCGAUAUUUCAAAAUAUAAUUAAAUAUACGAAAG